AUGUUCUCGGGAUACAAAAGUCAAACAAAUUUCUCAACAUCCCAUCACCCUACAUAUUCAAGUUCACGAAAAUGGACAGUUGAUACAACACAGAAUGACACUCCCAUUCCGAGUACCAUGAGUGGACUAACUGGAGACUCUAACCUUCUGAGUACUGCGAGGGGACUAACUGGAGAUAGGACGAGUUCAACCUUCACCUCUCGGCUUUCGAACUUUCACAAAGAUGAAACUCCUGAGAGGUCGAGAUCUCCUUAUUCCAGUAACAGAAAUUACCUACUAACGGACUACAGGAAUGGAGGUGGUGCACAACCUCCCAGGCAGACACUGGUAUCUAGGUCAGGGUCUGCUCAUCAAGUCUCCGAAGCUUGGCCGGAAAGUUCAGACCUUCAUACAUCCUCUUCUGCUUCUAAUCUCCUGCAUGAGGAGGCCGAGGAAACAGAAGAGGACCCCAGAACACCCAUUAGAAAGUUGCUGGAUUUAGCAGGUGACUUACGUAAUCUCGAUGUGGAGAAAUGUUUAUACGACUACAAGGCAAUGAUGGAAUUUAAAGAUCCAAUGGCUCUAACUCGAGAGGAGGAGUAUACUCGGUCUAAGAAGGCUCGACCUUCUGGGUUUGGACGGCAAACCGAAUCGAGGUACAGACGAGAAAGAGACCAGUAUCGUAAUGAGAGAGAUCAGCUGCUGACAGAAGUACGUGACCUUCGUGCAAAGGUCACCUCAUUUGAGAUGAGUCCCGGGGAUACCCUGGACAAGGAAAGAGAAAAAAUAAAACAGGAAUACGAAGAAAAAAAUAAAGAGUUGAUUGGCCAGUGGAAAAAGGUGCUGCAGGACAAACUCGAAAAGGAAAUCGAAAAAGAAUCAAAGUUUAAAGAAGACACAGAGAAUCUGAGGAGGCAAUUGAAAGAGAAAGAAGAAGUUACAUCAAAAUUAAAUGGGAGGAUUGACAAAUUUAAGAAUGCUUUAGAACAAGCUCAUGAAGCAGUGAACAAACUAGAGAAGGAAAAGACUGAUGCCUUGACAAGAUUAAGCAAAGAAAUGGGUAAAAAGUUGAAUGACAAAAACCCCAAUAUCACGGACCUCAGCGAUUCCAACCGCCCCACAAAGAUCGCCGAGAAGUAUAACGAACUGUACGAUAACGAGUGGACAGAUGCGUUGGAACACCUGGCAGAGGUCUACACAGAGGAGAAUGCGAUAACAGAGUUACUGAACUGUAUACAGGCUGCCUACUCGUUUUGUGAAGAGGCUGCUGCUCGACAAAUGCAGAACAUCAAGAAGUCCUUAACAAAUCUGAGUAGUCGAUUAAGAGAUGAUUCAUUCCCUAUGCCUUCUGUUGAUCCCCAAACAGAACGAAUGCUGGAGGAAAUCAGAAAAUCACAAAAAAUGCCAGUAGAGACUCUGUUGAAGGAAUUUGAAUACAGUAGAGAUUUCAAAGCUGUGUAUAAGAAGGUACCGGAGUACACAACCAAAUGUCUGGAGCUGUGCUGGCAGAUGCAGAUACACAAUCCUCCCAUGGCCCUGGGGCAGCCACCAGCCGAGGGUGACGUAUUUGAUGGCAAUCUCUACAAAGAGUACACCAGAACUGGACUGACUGUUCACUAUGUGGUAUGGCUUCCACUCCUGCUACACGAAAAUGGUGCUCUUCUGCAGAAAGGAGUUUCUCAACCUCAUCCAAACAAAGACAAAUCCGUCCGCCAAAGAUCUAGAAAUUCUGCAGACAACAUCAGAAAGUCUACAUAUCAAAGUGAGCAGAGAGGACGCCAAACCACCGACACCAACCAUCAUUUGGUUGAUGAGAUGUUCAACAACGAAAGCCGUUAUGCUGGGUCGACAGGCCGGACACGAACAACACAGGAAACACCAGUUUCCACAUCCAGUCAUGAGAGACCGGGAAACCAUCAAUACUUGUACGGAGACACAGGUCAAUCAUCUGCUGCCAGUUAUCAACGAAACCCCGCAUCAGCAACGACGACAACAACAACUACAGCAAAACAUGACACUACAAGUAGAUAUGGAAAUCCUUACACAAAUCCUACACGCACAAGUUCUGGAUUCAGUGCAAACCAUGGGGCACAACCUAGGGCUUCAGAGGUUCCUUCAUCUACAGAUAACUACACUGCACCGUAUAAAUAUGUCAACCAUAAUGGAGAAACAUUUGUUGUUUUUCAGAGAAAGGUAUUUCCAUAUCAGACAUGGCUAGAAAUGGAGAGGAAGGUUUUUUCCCCCUCUGGUUCUUCCGAUGCUUAACUGUUUUGUUACAUGUCAGUUUAAUGUACAAUGUAUUGGGUAAUUUUGGCACACUGGAGGUGCUAGCUUUUGUGGCAGAUCAAGAAAAGUAGUCAAAUUUGGAUGUGCCCAAAUUUCCAUUCAUAUAAAUUGUAAGCAAUUACAUAUACCUUUAAAUGAAAUGUAAAUCUGACAAAAAUAUGAUCCAGCUCUUCAAUUUGUUUUGAUAAAAAAAUGUCCAAUAUUUCUAAUGCCAAAAUUGCCCAGUAUGUGUUAUGUUUAAGCGUUGUGAAGUGAAUAAUACUAUAAAACAUUAUUUUUUUAAUUAACAUAUCAAAGAGUAUUUCCAUAGUGUGCUAGUGGACUUGUAGGGCCUUCUUAUCUUGCUGUGGUAGUUGCAGAUUAUUCCCCAUUUUUAACUUAUCUGAACCAAAGCUUAAUCAUGAACCAGAAUAUGUCUGGUUGUAUGUCUUUCUGGUGUAAAAUUUUCAAAGCAAUUGACCUUUAAAUUCUAGGGUCACAGCUAGGGGCAGGCAACCAGGUUUCAUGCACUUUCAUUGUGACUAUAUGUAUAUGGUCCAUUUGUUUGUCCAUCAACAUCUUUGUUAUGACUCCUAUCUGGAACAGUUUUCAACAAAAAGCUUUCAUCUUAUAAACAAUUGAAGGAAUUGGGUAUAUAUUUACUUGAUCAUUAAAGGAAGAUACUCCCAGAUAUUUUGGUCAUUAAGUCAAAGGUCAAGGUUGCAGUAGAUCUAAUUUCCACUAAAUUUACAACGUUUAGAGCUUACAAUUUUUAUACAAGGUAGUUGAACAUGAAAAUGCAGUUUUGUAAAAAGAACAUAUAAUCACUCCUCCUCUGUCUGUACAGAAUUCUGUUUCAGUUGUACUACAAUAUGAAUUAUUGGAGCCCUUCAGUUUUCAGUUAUUAAGCAUAUCAUUAUCAUAGCAUUCUAAUUAGAUAUAUUUUUCUAGAAUUAUACAUUGUUCACCAAUGAAAUAAAGAUGUGUACAUGUGUA